AUGGCUAAUAGACUUUGGCCUAUCCCACCCACAUCCUACACUGCCUCUGAUCACCCACAAACCCUCUUCGCCGUGGCUUGCCCACCUUAUUUCCUGUUGCAGCAGUCAUUGACCGUCUUUCCCACCAUUGAACCCAACUCCUCGACUCGACCUGCCUCCCAUUCCAGACGAGUGUCUACAGACCGCGGCUCUCACUCUCGGCCUCCAGCUGCCAACUUUGCUUCGUCACGGCCCGCAACGAGCUCCGUCGCGACGUCUGCACACGGCUCGCACUAUCACACCCUCCCACGCCCGUCCACCGCCUCGAGACCUCCCCUUUCCCGUUACCAGCGACCUCCCAUGCCCCAGACCCAGUCGACUCCUCCCAAGGUCAGCAGCAGGAAGUCGUCGUUUGUGAGGGCGCCCGACUCGCCUGCCAUCAUCCCCGAGUCUCGAGACUCAAUCUCGUCCAAUGGAUCUUGGAUAAGGCGCCUCUCCAUCCGACCACUGUCUCGUAACGAGAGCUCGAGAUCCAGCGCUGGCCAGGACACUCCCUCCAUCUUCUCACACGGCUCAGCAGCUCCGAUCCUCAGAGGGCCAACAACACCAACUCUCCCCCCGAACAAACUCGUCAAGCGAUCCAGGUCGAGCCGCAACGACCCGGACCCACCGCGACGACGUUCGAAAUCCCACCUGCCAACUCUCCCAGUUCUUCGACGACCUGCAACGAGCCACCAGCGGUCAGCGACUCUACAGCAGUUCCGUCCCGAUUCCCCAGUUAUUAAUACCCCGACAUCUAACAAUUUCUCAUUCGACGAUCAUCGGCCCCACGAGUUCCUCACUCCGCCGGCGAUUGACCCCCCUUCAAGAUCAGCAUCUGCAAGACGCUCGGGCCGGUUCAGUGAACUGAGCCCGCAUGCUCGAGCACCUGUUAAGCGCAUCUGCAUCGACGACGAGCAAAGCAGGGUCCAUCUGGUGAAACCGAGAAUGGAAGAAGCCCGCCCGGUUCCGGCGCUGGUGGAAUCAACACCUUCCCCCGAAGGCACGCCCUCUCGAGUGCCCCGAAAAUCCGUCUCGAUGCCAUUCGCUUCUGCAGGUACGUGGGCGGUAAAGUCAGGGAGUAUUCGGCGGCCAAAACGUGGCGCAGAACCCAGGAUCGGAAAUAAGCGACAUGUGUCGGAACCGGUCACUGGCGCGCUGGCUGGCGCCGAGGCUCGAGCCAAUCCGCUGCUGGAAUUGACCCUCCCCCCAUCUUCACCAUCGCCGGGCCGGCAGGGGUUGUCCCUUGGUUCAGCUGCUGUUGCGCAGUUGCGAACGCGUAAAAGGAACUCGUCGUCGCCCGUCCCCCCGCUUUCAAGGCUUUCAAGUUUCCAUGUGGAUGCGUCGCGGUUAGGGUCUUCUGGCGGGGUCUCCAACCACACCCGGCCUAACCAGCCCUCUGGAAGUUCUGCCAGCUCCACUGCGAUGUCACAACUUAGGGCACCGCAGCACGACAGGACCUCUACCAUGGAGAGUUCUGAGGACACCAGGGACUGUACUUCAGGCGACGACGAUGACACUGACUUCAAGAGUGACACCAUGUUUGACUCGCUGCGCACCGUCGGAUCUGGUCGCGCCCGAGCCGUCGAGACUCCGCUGGAGUCCAUGUACGACGAAUCACCACCGAGCACAGCCAACGGCAAUGGAAAGACCAAGCGCCUGUCCAUCCAUGAAAUGCUCGGCCGGACCUGGGAUGAGGAUGACAAGAUCAUGGAGGAAGACGAGAACGUCACGCCUGUCCGCACCGUCAACCGUGACGCUAACCGCCGGGAGUCACCGCGCUUCAGGAUCGACUCGUCCCCCCGCAACGUAUCAAUCUCUGCAACCAAGGAGUUCAGCAGGCUGUCCUUGGACGACGACUUUGACGACGAUUGGGCGAGGGAUGACGAACUUCCAUGCAACCCCCUGUCGCCUCCCUCCAAAGGGAGCUCGUUGAAUUCCAGGGGCAUCAACCCCAACGUGCGUCUCGCCCUCGCCAACAUUAGUGGUAAUGGACUGCCCGACCACGAUCACAAUGAACGUCCUCUUAGCACCCUCUUUGACUGGAGCGAACCCCCGACUCACGACAAGUUUGAAUCUGGACGGUCACCACGGCCCAAGACGGCCUAUGCAAAGCAAGAGAUGGACUCUAGAGGUGGACGGUCAGCCAUCCGCAAAGGUCCCACGCCGACACAUGUGCGAAGCCAGAGUGUCCCCGUGGUGCACGACUCCCCUGAUGACUCCAAGUCGGCUUCAAAAUACGGCACAUGGGGCUUGGGGACAAAGACUGCCAGCGAGGAUUGGGACGACGACUUUGAGUUUGGCGGCAGCAGUCUGGGUAGCAACGACAAAGAUGACAAGGUAUUUGCAGUUCCAGAGUCGAUCCGCGCGACGCAACCGAGUGUCAAAGCCCACUCGGGACACAUUCGCGAGUUUUCCCUUCUCGUCAACGACCUGAAGCGUCUCUGCCGGCACGGGCGAGACAUGGAUAUUCUCGAUGGACCACAGAGCCACCUGUGGGAGGAGGCUGAUGGUAUCAUUGCCCUGGCAUCCCCCGAUGAAGAGUCGCUGGAUGAGGAUGAUGACCAAAAGUCGACGUCGUCGAUCAACUUUGACGCAUUCGAUAUCGAUGAACGCUUUGGUGAUGAAGGAUUCGACGCACACUCGAUGAACCGGCUUGACGCUGCGUUUGACGGCCACGAGCCCGCAAUGUCAAAAACUGCUGUUGUACGAGAACGCCAUUCUCCCCGCCGCCGAUCCGUCUUUUCCCCCGAGGACGACAUCUUUGGCAACUGGCCACUGACAGACAACCAUCAGCCGAGUCGACCGAGCCGUCCCCGGACACCCGAGAACCGGCACAGCAAAGCCCACGACGUAUCCGGAGUGGUCCGCUCAGUCAUUGGGGCUAUGCAGCAUCGCGUAACCGACCAAGCACCCAACGAUGGCAAGGUGCACUUUGACACAAAUAGCCUCAAGGCUCUGGUCAAGAGGGCUGGUGAUUUGCGAGACUCCCUGUCCGAUAUUAUUCGACGAGCCGAUCAGAUCACGCAGAGUCCAGUGAAAACGCCUCGACACGAGCGUCACGACUCUAGCCCAGCCUUUACUCGAGUAUUCGACGACCCCAACUCAAGCCCGCAACGAAGAGGCAUCCGAAGCCGCGGCAACAACUCACUGAUGGAGGCGUCACCGGAAAACUCGCCCUCAUCCGGGCUGCCACAGCGGAUGCAAAUGAUGACUGUCAACUAGUCAUCUCCUGCUCACUAGAGCGUGUACAAAAUAAUUAUGGAAUUCUUUGCAUAGCAACGGCUUCGGAUCAGGGUACGAUGCGUCAGGACAGCCAACCCGACAUAGCACGACUCGAUCCUCUGGAUACUCGCCAUGAUGCCCCCUGGCAGCCACUGGUCACGAUCCAUGAACUCCCCGAUGGACUCACCUCCGGCAUGAGCAAUGACGCUCUUAAUGACUUUCACAAGUAAUAAGGUAGACGGAACAAGAAGGCUGCGGCGGUGAUGCCGUACUCGUUCGCGCGAGCAUGACUUGACUUGUGAGGGGUUGUCAGUUUAUUUACGAAUUUUCUUGCGUUGUCCCUUUGUGUUUAUGAGGAAACGUAACGUUUUCUUUUGUUUUCUUUUUCACUUCGUGGCCUCAGGGCCCUUAAUGUUUUGACGAUUACUCUGGAGGGAAAAAAGAGGAAAUUUGGCGGGCGUCUCGAUCGAGAGGAUCACGUCUCUCCCUCGACAAGCAAGACGCGCGCCGUUGGGUGCUCAGCAAGGGAAGGGAAGGCAAGGGAAAUACCAGGCUGAACAUACAUGGACGAACAGCAACAAAGAAGAACAAAAAGAAAGGGGAUUGGUCCUUUGGGAUACAUACAGGUUCGGACGGAAAAGGGCGCGGGAGAAAGGAAGAGGGCGGUUUUGUUUUGACGUCGCAUCAGGGCUAUCCCAUCUGAUAGCCUAUACUGCCCUGUUCUGUCAUGAUUGCAUGGAUAGAGGUUUAUAACGGCCAUGACGAUUUAUUCGAGUUCCUGAUGUCCUCUUGGGCUUUGCGUGUACGGUAACUGUAUAAUACUGCUCAAGUCUAGUCGCAUGAUGGCCGUCCUUGACUGAUG